CUCCUAGCUGCUCUCUCUCUCUCACACACCUUCCUCUCGCUGUCUGGUUCUGUGAGCAAAUUAGGGUUUGUGUUCCUUCACCUUCUGAUCUCAUUCAGCGACCUUUGGAUUCUUCCUUCGAUUUCACCAGAUCAAGAUUCUCUGCACUGUUCUCGGAGUGGAUGGUCAAUCCUUGAGACAUUUUUGAGGUCGAUGUUUUUCCCUCAGAGUCUCAUGGCCUUGAUGUGUGUCUGGAAGGAUGCUACCUGAUUGAGCAGGAAUGUUUUAUGGUCAUCAUUGUUGUGGAGUUAUUGUUGUUAUUUAAUUUCAAUUCAGCUACCACAUGCAAUUGGAUAGAAGCCACAGCUACCUGAGGAUUUCUUGAAUCCAUGCUGUCAGAGAGCAUGCGUGGAAUCUGUACUUUGGGUAAUGCCCCUGACGAGAUUAGCUGCCGAUGCAUUCGGUGUGGUGACCAUUUGUCUCGUAGCCAUCUUGACUCUUCUUGGUUUUCUAUGCAUUGUGUACUCAGUUUACUUUCGCUCUCGAAUUUAUCAUCAAGGUUUUGCUCAACUCAAUUAUUUUAGUGGUCCUUGGAUAAUCAGAGUUGCAUUCAUCCUAUUUGCAAUUUGGUGGGGUGUUGGUGAGAUUAUUCGGCUAACUUAUUUAAGACGCAUCCUUCACCUAAAAUGGCACGAAACUGUUUGCAAAUGUUACAUUAUAUCAAAUCUGGGGUUUGCAGAACCAUGCCUCUUCCUUACCCUUGUGUUUCUCCUCCGUGCACCUUUGCAGAAGUUGGAGACUGGGAUUAUGAGCCGAAAAUGGAAUUGGAAUACAGCGGGAUGUAUUCUUCUUUACUGCCUCCCGGUGUUUAUUCUUCAGCUCGUUGUUGUUUUAGUUGGACCUCAGUUAGACAAGAAUAAGGGUUCUGGACAAACGUUGCCUCAUAUUUUUACUAGUACAGCUGCUAGAUCUUCAGUGACAUGGGAUCAAGAUAUUGCCCUCUGUACUUACCCUUUACUCAGUACCAUUCUUCUUGGCCUUUUUGCCAUUAUCCUGACUUCCUACCUUUUUUGGCUUGGAAGAAGGAUUUUGAGACGAGUUAUUAAUAAGGGUUUGCAGAAGAGGGUUUAUACAUUAAUAUUCUCAGUUUCAGGCUUCCUUCCAUUAAGGGUUCUUUUCCUUGGUUUAUCUGUUUUAUCUGGACCUGAGCAAUUUACUUUUGAAGUUCUUGCUUUCUUGGCUUUUCUUGCCCUUGUAUGUUGUGCUGGGGUUUGUAUAUGCAUGCUUGUAUAUCGUCCAGUUGCAGAUUGUUUAGCACUUGGGAAUCUACAAGAUCUAGAGGCUAGGAGGUUUAUUGAUGAUCAUAAUGAUUUUAUGUCUCUCAUUGCUAACCAGAGUCAUCUGGAAGAUUAUGUGCAAGAAAAUGUUGGUUCUAGUCCUGCUAGAGAUUCUGAUGCUUCAACAAAGCGGGGGUCCAUUUCCUUCCGCACAGUGGAAAAUGCUGGGUCAUCAACAGGGCCAUUUGUUGAGCUGAGCCUUUUCUCUCCCAGCAGAAAUGCACAUGGUCCAGGAUCUCCAUCGCUUCGAGGUUGGCCUAUGCGACCCUCAACUCAUGUUAUUGGACCGUGAGCAGGCUAGAAACUGAUUUACUGAGUGAAUGCCUUCAAUUUUGUGGAAAAGUAAAACAUUGUAAAGGCUUUAGCUUCAAUAAGGCUUUUUAUUCUUGUUUUGUUUCCUAAUUUUAGCUCAUAAUUUUUUUUUCCCCUGGAGUUUAUUGUGAGUACUCCUUUUAAUCCCCUUGUGCCAUCUAUAAUCUUUUAUUUUGGCUCUCAAGUUUUUAUUUACAAUGUUUGAAUGCUUUUUUUUUUUUUCCUGUAGCAGUAGCGGUGUAUUCACCUGAGUUGGAAUCUGUUGGGUGUCUAUACUCGAUAAAUCUGGAUAGAAUUUAUGUGUUGGACGAGGAA